AUGACGUACAAUCGUCCCUUAUUUUCUGCUCUGUACGCCCAUUCAACAUUAACUAUAACAUCGGAAAUCAUGGACUCCAAGGAAAAGAGUGAUGCGUCAUCAUGCCUAUCUAAACUACAGGUUACAACAGACGAAAAGGAUGAUAAAAGCAAAUCGCAACACAGGAAAGCUUAUUUUUGGACAGCUGUUCUUGGCGCAACAUUGGGACUGCUUUCUGGGGCAUUGUUCGCUGUAUCCGAUUCAUUUGCUCUUUUGUGCAUCAAGAUUGGAUACUCCCCAACACAGGUGUUGCUUGUAAAAUCACUGGCAAUGGUGGUAAUAACUGUCCCGUGUCUUAUCUAUAAGAACAUUAAUAUUCUGAAAGUCAAGCGGAAAGACACAUUGCUGAACAUCGUCAAAAGCCUUUGUGAAAAUACAGGAGACUUGAUGUAUUAUUAUGGCAUGAAUGCCGUUGGAUUGGGAGAUGCGACUUCAAUAGUAGUUGCAGCACUACCGAUAUUCGCACCUCUAUUUGCCUGUAUAUUCAUAAAAGAGAAGUUUAAACUCCAUGACUGCAUCAGUAUAGUGUUAAAUAUUGCUGGAAUUAUAUUAAUAUCACGACCUGAAUUUAUAUUUGGUAAUGUCGCACAGUCAUCUGGUAUUGGGUAUCUGUAUUCUAUCAUAACGGGAAUCGGAUUAUCCAUCGGUACUGUUUGUUCAAGGGCAAUGUCUGAUGGCCUAUCUUUGUUAGUCUUAAUAUUCUAUAAUGGUUUUUGUGGUAUUAUACUACUGAUGAUUUUAGUGUAUCCAACAAGCAACGAACGGAUUUACAUAUUAAUACCAGACUACCCUAUAACGAUAGCAUAUCUAGUAGGCGUUGUAGUAUUCUUUUACUUGUAUUUAUAUUCAUACAAUAGAGCGCUGAAAAUACUUAGUGCUGGCAAAGUGACACUUUUAUCGAACAGUUGUUUGAUUGUUGGUUUUGUGGCGGAUGUUGUUGUGUUCCAUAAGCAGGUAGUUAGCUUAGAACUGAUUGGUGCAGCCAUUAUCAUUUUGAGUUCUUCUAUAUUGCUUCUGUUUAUUUGGCUCGAAACCAGGAAAACAUUGAACGAAGAAACUAAACUUAUAAAGAAACCAAAGAAAAAUCAACAACCUCCGAAUGAAAUUAAAAUUGUAGGCAGUAAAAGUUAA